AUGAAAUAAUUAUAGUAAUUAUAAUCAGAAGAGGGUAGGGCAUGCAAAAGAUUUUUAGUAGCUAAAAGUGUUUCUUAAGAACAUAGAAUUAAAAGCAAUGAUAGUCGACCUUAUAACAUCUUUACACCAACUUACGAUGAGUAUCUGUUAUAAAAUGGACCUUAAUUUACAGAAAAUGGGGACGUGGUUUAACAUUCUAUUGUAGGUAAGAGUGAAUGGUUUAAUAAACAAAAACUUGGGAAAAGACUAUAAUUUGAUGAUUUGGCCUCUAAAUAAUUACCAUUUCAUAAAGGGUUGAUCAGAUAAGACACAGCAGAUAAAGGAUCAGCACCAAAAAGUGAAUAAAAAAGUACAAAAUUUGGGAGUAGUGGUAAGUAAAAGAAAAAUCAUAAUAACAAUUUAACAACUAAAAAUCAACUAAUUGAAGAAUUGAAUAAAAUUAUGUAGAGAAUAAAAACAAAUACAGAUAUAGAAAAAGGUAAAGUAGAAUAGGUAUAAAAUAUAAUUAAUUAAGUUGGAACCAUAAUUGAAAAGAGUAUUAACAAAAGAAACUAGAGUUUUAAGUAAACAUGAAGAGACUGAAAAAUAUUGGAACUAUUUUACUGAUAGACAGGCUUGUUUAUUAAAUAGAGAUAGGAUUAGUUCUUAAUUAUUGUAAGCAGAAAAAUACAAAUUAAAAAAUGAUACUGCUUAAGUAUUUAAUGUGUUGAAUACAGAAUAUGAAAGAAUUGGAAUAAAUCAUUGGUAAAAAACGUUGAGGAGAUUUGAAAAUUCAAAAUAUAAGAAAAUAAAAGUAAAAGGAAAAGAAAUGAUAAUUGAAAAGGAAUAAAAAGAGGAUUUUAUAGUAGUAUAAUAAUAUUAUUAAUUAGGGUUCUGAUUUACCUAGAGCUUUUAGUGAAUAAUCAUUAGUGGGUAGUCGCUUAGAAUAUAUAUAAAAACCAGAAGCUAAAGUUAUUAAUGAACCAUUAGCUUUUAAAAGUUUCAAAAGCAAUAAAUAUUUGCUUUAAAGAUUAGAUGAAACUCAAGAUUAUUUUUAAAAUUCAUAUAUGAUAUCUCCAGAUAAAAGAAAUGAUUUUGAUAAACUAAUUAUUUUAGGCAAGAGUUAAUUUGAGAUAGAAAAGGAAAUGUUAUUAAAUGAUGGUGGAGAUAGUACAGGAGUGUAUCGUAAAGACAUAGAUAAACCUCCAGAUGAAUUUACAAAAGAAUAAAUUUAUGAACAACAAUAUGCAAAUAAAGUUAAGUUAAUUCUACCAUAAUUAGGAAAGUGGAAAUCUAAAAAGUUAGGCCCAUUAACUAAUUAGAGUGAGAAAUCUGAAUUGAGUGAUGAGUGGGUUGCUGAUGAUAUCCUUAAAAUCUGA